AUGUGUGACAUGGGAGCACUCGACAACCUGAUAGCCAACACGGUUUAUCUGCAAGCCAGGAAGAGUGUGGAUGGCGAUGUCAAGGCGAUGAGAAAGAGGCGGCAGAGUUUAGCUCUGCCAAGCCAUCAGCAAAGUGCUUCAGUCAAACAAAAUAUUGAUAUUAUCUACGAGAGUGUGUGUGAGAGACAGCCAAUUGGCAAGAAGUUGUUUCAUACGUUUACAGCAACUGUUCCAGAAUAUCAAGGUGCUGUGGAGUUUGUAAAUGAAGUUACUGACUUUUAUCUGGCAGAAGAUGGGGUGAAGGACAAUCUCAGGCAGAACAUCAUCACUAACUUUCUAAAACCUGAUUCGAAGAACUAUCUCUCCUUCCUCAGCCAGGAUCUGGCCGAUAAAUGUAAAGAUGCAACAGAAAAGGAUUUUGAGGAACUCUUGCCGAUGGCUAAGGCAGAAGUUAGAAUGUUCCUUGCCGGACAACCUUUCCAAGACUUCCAAAACAGUCCGUUUUUCACGAAGUUCUUGCAGUGGAAAACAUUUGAGCGACAGCCGAUAACUGAGAAAUACUUCUAUCAGUUCAGGGUGUUGGGAAAGGGUGGAUUUGGAGAGGUGUGUGCUAUACAAGUGAAAACAACUGGGAAGAUGUACGCCUGUAAACAGCUGGAUAAGAAACGGCUGAAAAAGAAGCACGGAGAGGAGAUGGCCCUCCUCGAGAAAGAAAUCUUGGAAAAGGCGAACAGCCCGUUUAUUGUCAGUUUAGCCUAUGCAUAUGAAACCAAGAACUCCCUGUGUUUAGUCAUGACCUUGAUGAAUGGAGGAGAUCUGAAGUUUCACAUUUACAACAUUGGAGAACGGGGAAUCGAAAUGAAGCGUACAAUAUUUUACGCAGCCCAGAUUACUUGUGGAAUCCUGCAUCUGCACUCCAUAAAGAUUGUGUACCGCGACAUGAAACCAGAAAAUGUGCUUUUGGAUGACAACGGCAACUGUAGGCUGUCAGAUUUGGGGCUUGCAGUCAAAGUGAAAGAGGGUAAAUCCAUUACACGUAUUGCUGGAACUAAUGGUUAUAUGGCUCCAGAGAUACUGAAAGAGGAGAGCUACAAAUACCCUGUGGAUUGGUUCGCUUUGGGAUGUAGCAUUUACGAAAUGAUUGCUGGCCGAACACCUUUCAAGGAUUAUAAAGAAAAGGUCAGUAAAGACGAAGUAAAAAGAAGAACACUGGAAGAUGAAGUGAACUAUGAAAACCCCAAAUUCACAGAGGAGGCGAGGGACAUUUGCAGACUGUUUUUGGCAAAGGACUCAGAAGAACGUUUAGGCUGCAGGGGUGAAAACGAUGACCCUAGAAAUCACCCUUUCUUCAAGUCGAUCAACUUUCAACGUUUAGAAGCUGGACUUACUGAGCCUCCUUAUGUGCCAGACCCCUCCACGGUGUAUUGUAAGGACAUCGGAGAUAUUGCUGACUUCUCUGAGAUCAAAGGUGUUGAAAUCACUGACCAGGAUAAGCAGUUCUACAAGAAGUUUUCUACAGGUGCUGUCACCAUCCCGUGGCAGGAAGAAAUUAUUGAAAGUGGUGUAUUUGAUGAUCUUAAUGACCCUUCCAGGCAGGAGGCUGGUGACAUAGCCAAUGGCUCUGGAGAGGCAAAAUCAGGUGUUUGUAUGAUUCUGUGA